CACGGUAGUCUCUAAAGACUUGACUCUGACUCUGUGAUCAGCGUCAGCGUUUAACUUUAAGCUCUCCCUCGCAAAUGCACGACAUGUCAACCUCGCCGUUUCUUCGAAGUAAAGUACAUCUGCCUCACUCAAAAAUGGUGGAGCGCCAGUGUCAGGUGCAAAAGCAGCUUUUUCUCAUUCAAAGCGCACCAUAAGUACGUAAGAUGACGAUGGUGAGGAGCGAUGUGGUUAUUUGUUCCAGCUCUGGCUGUUGCUGUUGCUGGCCUCCGUGCGUGGUGGCGUUGGAACACAACUUCGAUGGAGGCCCAAUCAGCGCGGGAUUGGGACACUCCACAAGCUUUCCUACUUCUGGGUGGUGACAGGGAGAGGGAGGCCUUGGCAGCCUGCAUGUUUGGCAAGCUCUUAGAACAGACACCGCUGUGCUGGCCUGUCUAUGUGAGCUCCGCACACGAGGACAUCCUUGAUGUAAUGACUCGAUGGGGGGUGGUGCCGCCUCAGUUGAUCAUCGAUGACAGAGCGCUCGACACGGUGACGAACUUCACGAGUCUUCUUGGUGACUUCCGAAGAAGGAAAAUCAGCCAUCUGUGGCUUGUCACCUCAGACUACCACAUGCCACGAGCUCAUGCUGUGGCUCGUAUCCUCCUUGCUGGCCAUGGUGUCGCUCACUCAUGCCUCAGUCUUCCUUGCAGUGCCAACGCAGAUUCGAAACUCGUCAAGUCAGAAACACGAGCACGGAUAGCACGAGAUCAGCUUCGGGCAUACUUGUGGCUAUCAACAGGUUUCCAUGGUGCUGAUUUUCUCCGUUUCACAAAACCUUCACGGUACAGGCACCACAUAUUGAGACAAUCUAGAGGUUCGCUGGCUCGCUGAGCAUUCGCAUUGACUUUGUGCGUAUCUAUCAGCUCAGAUUCUUAAGGCAUGUGCCUCACCCCAGAACAACAGCCUUCGGUGCAUACUAUAUCUUAGGAUCGGGGUGCAAUGAAGGCCAAUAAGCGAUCCGGACCUGGUUGGGUUGCUAUCAUGCAGAUACUAAGCCUCAGCGAGGUCAUCAAGUUCAAUCGAAUCCAUCUGAUCACUUAUGAAUGGAUGACAUACAUUCUCCGGC